GAACGAAAAUUCUCCCGUUGUUCGAAUAAAAAGGAAAAUAUUAAUCUGUAAAACGAUGACCUGAAUCACCUUGAUAAUGGAAAUUUUUAAUUGUUACCCUUCGUAAAAUAGUUUGUGCUUUAAGGAUUUCGUUCAAUCCCACCGUAUAUGCGUGCAAGUUUCUUGACCCAUUAAUGCAGCCUCACAUCACACAGUGUUAUUUCCCUUUCUCACUGCCUAAUAUUCUGACUAGCCAUGGCCUUUCCUUCGUAUUCCGGCCCGUUGAAAAACCCUUUUAAUGAUAUUAGUAAUGAAGAUGAUGAAUUUGGUGAUUUCACAAGUGCUGUGACAUACCCAACAAUCGGAAAUUGCAACGGGGAACCUGGUUUUCAGGUCAGUUUGCCUGUGCAGAAUCAUCCAUCGAGCAACACCAAAAUGCCCACCAGCAGUGUCUUCUUCAAUCCCAUUCCUGAUAGUAGUGACAUUGAUGAUGAAUUUGGUGACUUUUGUGGACCCAUUGUGGCAAACGCUUCACAGUUUUCCAUGGUUGUGCCUGCUACACCUGAUAGUAAUAGUAAUAUAAGCCUUCCAUCAGAAGGAAGUUUGAAAAAAUGCCAGCCCAAUUAUGACAUUGAUCUUGAGGAAGAUUUAACAGGAGUGUCCCAGUUAUCGUGGAUCAGUCAGAAGCAAGACGAGUCUAAUGGAGUUGUCGAAGAGGAAGAAGAAGAAUUUACAAACUUUACUAGUGCUGAACCGAUAAAUUGUCAACCUCUUGCAAUCAACAGUGUGUUCUCACCCAUCCAGCAGACUCCUCAGCCGAUUGUUGAAGAAAUCUUCUCCACAUUGGGACAAGUCUCAUUAGAAUUACCCCCUACUCUGCAACCACUGGAUCAAUUGACAAACUCCAAAGUCGAUGAUGACUUUGGUGAUUUUACACAGGCAGUUGCUGAAUUGAAUCAUCCACCUGUUGUGGAGGAUCUUUUCAGUUUAGACGCCGUCCCACCUUUCACGCUGGAUUCUCCCGGAGUUUCUAGUCUGUGUUUCGAUCAGCAGGACGAGAUGGACCAGCCCCACUUUGCCGCCAUGAGUGACUCGAUGGAUUCGCCUCAAAUCAACUGGGAUGAACCACUGGAAGUAGUUGAUCCACUUUCAACGACUGUCUGUUUCGAUGUGGAUAAAAUGAACCCAUUGGAUGACGUCGUCAAGGUGGAAGAAGAAAUAAUAAACCAAGAAGAGGAUGAAGAAGAAUUUGUUUUUCAUCAAAACGUGGAAACGGCAGAGCCGGAAUUUUCAGAUUUUCAAACGGAAUCCAUCGACUUACCAGUCGAUGAUGGCGAAGUCGAAGAAUUUGGAGAUUUUACCGAUUUUCAAACAGCGACGUCAGAGGCUGUGGCAAUAGAAGAUGAUGACGAAUUUGAUGAUUUCGAAGCAGCUCCCUGCACGGAUAGUGCGCCGGUAGUUGAAUUGCCAGCGGCGACACCUGAAACUCACAUCCAGCGGAUGUUGACGACCUUGUUUCCGGUCAAUUCAGCAGCCUCCACCGACUCGGAACUUCAACAACAAUCGUCGACCAUUCCAUUGAUGAAUUCUCCUGGUGGUUCCCUGUGGUCUUAUGUCAGUCAGUUGGACUCUACACCAGCGCUGUCAUUUAUUUGGAGACAUUCGGCAGCUCAGCAGCGAUUCCUUCACUCACUCCGCAUCGACAGUGUUCUCCAGGCGGGGAAUGCCGGUGGUUUCCGUUGGAAUUCGCCACCCAGCGUCAAUUCGCCAUCGGCGUCGAUGAGUGAAAGUUUCACCGAGGCGGCAGUCACAUUAGAUUUGGAUUUCUUUUUAAAUCCAUCAUCAUCCGCCAGCGCCGUACCUGUCACCACCACUACCACCAAUAACACGACGAGCGACAGCAUUUUGGAGACGAUUGAACGCGAAUUGCUUUCACCUCAGGGUAAAGGACUCCGCAACCCAGGAGUGGCUCCUAUUGCCCAGUCACCAGCACUACCCGUCCGUCACAACAAUCACCAAUUGAGUGACAUUUUCCAACACUUGCAUCUACAAGAUAAUGCGACUAAUUCGUCUGUGACUAAUCGACAAGUCGAUCUACUUCAGUAAAUUUAAAGAUAAGAGGGCAUUUUUUCUUUUUCCUUUCACGCGUGAAAAACACACAAACCCACAUUCCAUUCCUCCUCCCCCCCCCCCCCCCCCCCACUUUAUUUGGGUCGUUUCGUUCGGGAUCGAGUCAUAUCAAUUUUUUUUUUUAGAAUUUAAGUUUAUUCUCACAAAUGCAUCGGUCUAAAUGUUUUAAAACUAUUUUGAGAUGGAGAAGGGGAUAUCGUGCAAAAACUUUAAAAAUAAAUUUUCAAAUUUUGUCUCUUU